UGCAGCUAUAUGUGGCACAGUAGGGAAAGGGUCUCAGAGCCUUGCUGUGCAGCAUCAACAUGAACUACACCAAAGAAAACCUCUUUCUUGUUCUCGCAGUGUUGUUGUGUUAACAAGUCUUCAUAUAGUUCUGAUAACAGAUCACAUAUUCUCACCCUUCAGUAACCGAGGUUUCUGUUUCUGCAGGGGUUUUCAAGAACAUAACCCCUGUGGAUAAUGAGAAUUGAGCAUAAAACUAUAGGGUACACUGAAUAUAUUAUAAAUUCCUGCCCUCCUUGAAAACAAGUUUGACUAUGGCGGAAAAGUUGGGAUACAAGCUUGAAAUUAUUAUAAAACAUAGAAUUAUUUGAAUUUUUGCAACAAAUUUAAAUUCUGAUAUUUCAAUGGAUGUUGUGAUAAAAAUAGGAGAAUCAAUCUACAGAGUUCUUUUUGUCUAACUAAACAAAUAAUACAGAAAAAGCGAGAUGUACAUUUCUUUAUUACAUUUAUAUCCUGCUGCAUUCAAUUCGACUUUUGCUGGUUAAGUUGUCAGAAUCUACCACAUCAUAAGACAACCAGUUCUUCUUGUCUAGUGCUUGGGGAUGACUAGUCUGCGUUAGGCGUUCAUUGAAUUGUUUGUAUGAACUUCCUUUUUUUUUUUUUUUUAACAUCUGUAACAUUUGAAAAAUGUGUGGCUACUUCUUUUCUACUUCUAGUAUUUAACAUAAGAGCCCUUCUAUUUUUUUAAAUCAGAAACUAAAUAUUAGUGUCCUUGCACCAUAACUGCCAGAAUGCACUUCUGUUUUAAAGAAAGUGGUAGCUGCAGCAGUAUUUGCUAUUUAUAAUUAAAAAUGGAGACAUUAACAUAAAUAAUUAACUAUAUUUAUAUGUUGAAACACACACACACGCGUACACUCAUAUACAUACAGUAUAUAUAUGCGAGUUCUUUCUAUCAGUGAAGGAAUAUCAAGAUCAUGCAUUGAACAGUAUUUCUUCUUUGUAUAUUACAGUACAUGCAGUUAUACAAGGGCCUCAAAAUAUACGAAUUAAUUCAGUUAUGCUUAAUAGUGUUCUCCAGUGGGAUCCAUCAAAUUUUUCUGAAGGAAAUGUAACUUAUACAGUUCAGUAUAAAAAUUUUAUGUCGGAAUUCAUUGACUUGUGCCGAAGAAUAUACUUCACAGAGUGCAAUAUUUCAAGUAUACCUGCAUAUGGUCUUUUUCAUUUAAGAAUUAGAGCUGAAUUUGAGAAUAAACAGUCUCACUGGAUAAAUCUUACCUUCAGACCAUUCGAGGACACAAUCAUUAUACCUCCUACUGUACAAAUUGUACCCACAAAACCUGGAGUCUUGAAUGUGCAUCUCAAAAGCCCUUCUGUUAUACUUGGUGGUAUCAUAUAUUCCUUGAAGGAUUUUUAUUUUUCGAUAGAUUACAAGAUGAAAAUUUGGAUGAAAGACUACAAUAGCGAACAGGUUAUCAAUGAGAAUGCACCGCACACUUUCCAUGUAAUAUCUGGCCUGUAUCCUGGAACAACAUACUGCCUUAAGGCUCAAGUAUUUAUUGAAGACCUGAAUAAAACUGGAGAGUGGAGUGAAGCCUAUUGUAUCCAAACAACCAAUAGUGAUCCAGAUCCAGUAGCAAUAAUGUUUAUCCUCCUAACAGUAUUGGCAUUCUUUUCGUUCUGCUGUUGUAUGAUUGUUUGUAUUUAUCAACGGAUCAAAUAUUCCUUUUUCCCUUCAUAUUCUUUGCCACAGCAUUUCAUACAGUUUUUAGGCCAACCUUCCUACAGUUCACAAUUUCUUGCAUCCCAGCUACAAGGAGAGGAUCAUAACUAUGACACACUUAUUGUUCUUUCGGAGGAGUCAGAACAGUGCAACAGUGAACUGAAAAAUAAAAUGAGCAACAUAAAACUGGAGCGGUAAGGAUCUGAAGAAGAUACCUUUAGACCUAAAUAAAUUUCAAAUUGUACAGCUUUGCUUCAUGCUUGAAGCUUGGAAAUAAUACACUGCACUUUGAGGAACUUACUGGAACUUACAAAAUGGCACUUAACACUUUGCACAUUAUUAAGUCAUUAAUGGUGUUUUUUACUUGAUAAAAACUUUUAUAUGAUUUUCUAUUUUGGAAGUUUAUUUAUUUAUACUAAAGCCUUAAUUUUAGAAUAAAAGUAGUCAUUACUAAGCAAGUUCAACUUAUGAAAAUAGCAUAACAUUUAAAAUAUUCUGAACAUACUUUAUUCAGAAUAGUUUGCUUU